AUGCCGCAGGAUAUGCCGCCGGCCGGCGGCUACGGCCCCGUCCAGUACAAGCGCAACCUGCCCGCCCGCGGCUUCCGCCCUGCCAUGUAUCUCGUUGGAACCGCCGCGCUAAUGACAUAUGGAUUUUGGAGGGUCGGCCAGGGUAUCAGGGAGCACAAUGAACUGGCACGCGAGAAGAUGUGGGCGCGCAUAUACCUCAUCCCCGCCCUGCAGGCCGAGGAAGACCGCGAUCAAGUGCGACGAUAUUUGGCAGAUAAGGCCAGGGAGAAGGAGCUUUUGGGCACAGAGACCAAGGUCUACCACAGCGACAGAUUCGUACGGCCGACCUUUGCUGUGACACCUGAGAAUCAACUGAAAUAG